AUGGCUGCAGAGAAAGGAAAUGCCAACGCUGUUUAUGAGAUCGCACAAAUGUUUAUGUAUGGGAUCUAUGUAAAACAAGAUUACAAUGAAGCAAAGAAGCGUUAUGAAGCAGCCGCUACUAUGGGAUCCACUGACGCUAUUUGCGCUAUAGGCCAAAUGUAUAACUAUGGUUGUGGAGUAGUGCCAAAUAAGCAAAAGGCUAUAGAGUACUAUCAACAAGCAGCAGAUAAGGGUAGCGCAAUGGCCCUGUAUAACAUUGCCCUGAUUUAUUUUUAUGGCAACGGUGUCAACCAAAGCAAUCAAAAAACUUUAGAGUAUUUAAACAAGGCUUCUAAGAUGGGUCUACCUAAUGCUAUAGGGUUAACUGGUGUUAUGCAUUCUUCUGGUCGUGGUAUAGAGAAGAACGGUGCAAAAGCCAUGAGCUGCUACCAGAAAGCUGCUAGGGAAGGCUAUGUUUGGAGUAUGUACAACUUGGGACAGGAAUAUUACGAAGGAACUUUUGUAUGUCGAGACUAUGAAGAAGCAAUGAAAUGGUACAAAAAAGCCAUUGACAAGUGUCAGUCAGAUGCCUUAUGUAAAAUAGAUGGAAUAUACAAAGUCACAAUAGACCUUGAGGAACCUUAUCACAUGGCACUUGAUAAGUAUGAUGAAGUCAAAGAAAGAGUCAGGUCCAUAAAUGAACUUUUGAUACAACCGAAAUGA